AUGCUUAUGUGUAAAUCGAAAUGUAACAGUCGCCCAAGCGUGGAAAUUUCCUAUCGUGUGGAGACAUUUUCCAGUGUCUCACCAAGUUCAAGCACCAGCAGCACCAUUAACGCACUGAGAUUAGGAGGAAACAGCUCCAGUGUUCCACUAAGUUUAAGUAGCAGCAGCUCCAGUGUCGAGCUCAGUUCAAGUAGCAGAGGCUCCACUGUCCCACGAAGUUCAAGCAGUACCAGCUCCAUUCUCGCAGUGAGUUCAAGAAGCAGCAGUUCUAUUGUUGCACUAAGUUCAAGAAACAACAGUUCCAUCGUCGCAAUAGGUUCAAGUAGCAUCAUCUCCAGUGUCUCACUCAGAUUAAAUAGCAGCAAAUCCACUGUCUCACCAAGUUCAAGCAGCAGCAGCCUCAUUGCUUUACAGAGUUCAACUGGCAACGACUCCGCUGUCCCUCAGAGUUCAAGUAGGGGGGGCUUCAUUGUCACACUGCGUUCAAGUAGUAGCAGAUCCAAUGUCUCACCAAUUCCGAGUAGCACCAUUACCAUUUUCUCACAGAUUUCAAGUAACCGCAGCUUAAGUAGAAGCUAUACCAAUGUCUUACAGAGUUUAAGUAGCAGCAUCACCGUUGUCUCAGAUAGUUCAAGUGGUAGUAGCUCCAUUGACACAAUGGUUUCAUUAAGUGGCAGUUUCAUUUUCCCACAAAGUUCAAGUAGUUCAAAUUCAAAUAGCAGCAACUCCAUUGUUGUACUUAGUUCGGAUAUUAGCAGCUCCGUUGUGGCACUGAGUUCAAGCAGCAGCAGCUCCAUUGUUGCACUUAGUCCGGAUAGCAGCAGUUCCAUUGUUGCACUGAGUUCAAUUAGCAACAGCUCCAGUGUCUCUAGUUCAAGUAGCAGCAACCCUCCUAUAACCCUGAUUUCAACAUUGAGUUCAACUAGCAGCAGCUCCACUGUCCCACAAAUGUUUAACAGUAGAAGCUCUAUUGUAGCACUGAGCUCAAGUGGCAGCCGCUCCCCAGUUUCAUUGAGCUCGAGUAGCAGCAGCUCCAUUUUCAUACUCAGUUCAAGUAGCAGCGGCUCCAAUGUUGCACCGAGUCGAAGUAGCAGCAGCAGCUCCAUUGUAGCAUUAAGUUCAAGUAGCAGUAGCCUCAAUGUCCCACAAACGUUUAGCAGCAGCUCUAUUGAGGCACUGAGUUCAAGAGGCAGCCGCUCCCCAAAUUCAUCGAGCUCGAGUAGCAGCAACUCCAUUUUCACACUCAGUUCAAGUAGCAGCAGUUCCAUUGUUGCAUCGAAUUCAAGUAGCAGUAGCUCCAUUGUUGCACCGAGUUCAAGUGGUAGCAGCUCCGCUCUCUCAUUAUCGUCAAGUAGCAGCAGCCCUAGGGUCGCAAUGAUUUCAAGUAGCAGCACCUCCAUUGUUGCGUCGAGUUCAAGUAGCAGCAGCUCCACUGUCUCUCUAACGUCUAGCAGCAAGAGCUUCAUGGUAGCAUUGAGUUCAAGUAGCAGCAACUCCACUGUCCCACAAACGUUUAGCAGCAGCAGCUAUAUUUUCACACUCAGUUCAAGUAGCAGCAGCUCCAGUAUCGCCAUCCUUUUAAGUAGCAGCAGGUCCACCGUUGCUCUGACUCUCAGUAGUAGCAGCUCCAUUGUCUUACUGAGUUCAAACAGAAGCAGCUCCAUUGUUGUACCGAUUUCAAGUAGCAGCAGUUCCACUAUCUCACUAACUUCAAGUAGCAAUAGCCCCAAUGUUGCUCUGAGUUCGAGUAGCAGCAGCUCCAUUGUUGCCCCGAGUUCAAGUAGCUUCUUUGAGGCAUUGACUUCAAGUAGCAGCAGCUUCAGUGUCUUACCAAGUUCAAGUAGAAUCAGCUCCAGUGUCGCACUGGGUUCAGGUAGCAGCAGUUCCGUUGUUUCACUAAGUUCAAGUAGGAGCAGCUCUAGUGUCAGCGGUAGCGGCUCUAGGGUAUUACCGAGUUCAAGCAGCAGUUUCUCGUCAAGUUUAGUGUACAGCAUCUCUCCAACUUCAAGUAGCCAGAUUAUCCCUACUACAACACCAGCUGCAACAACAACCCCAAUCGCGAGCAACUUGUAUCCUUACGGUCCAAAUCAGAAUGAUAAUGAACUUCGUCUUAAAGAUACUUCUUCCUACUCCGAACGAUGUUUGAGGAUCAACACAGAUUGGACUGGAUUUCCGUUUUUCACGGAAAGGCAUUACAAAUUAUACAUUUGUCGAAACGGUAUAAUCCAAUUAAAUUAUGAGUGGAGCUGGUGGUGGCCACGGAAAUUUGGUAUCUACUGGUGGUUAAGAAACAUGAGUAUUAUUGCGCCCUUCUGGGCCACAACUGAUACUUAUUUUGCCUUCAAAAACGGUCAUUCAAAGGUUUAUUAUCAAGUGUACAGCCAAACCAAAGAAACAUCAAAUGAAAUUCUGGAUAUGGCCUCAAAACAUGUGCAGAGCUACACCGGAGGAUUUGGCGACUUUGAGGCCACGUGGGUCCUUGUUGUGACCUGGGAAAAUCUCUGUCCAUACGUGUAUCAUUCACACUACUAUUACUACCAAAAUAACAACGAGCAAGAUUUCCUCUUGAAUUGUCCUCGAAGCAACACAUUCCAAGCUGUCUUAAUAACGAAUGGGUUCAACGCAUUCUUGAUGUAUAACUACCCAUAUGGAGGAAUUCAGUGGGUGAUCCAUGCAGAUCCGAAUUACUACCGAUACUGGACCGACUCCUAUGGUCUUCCUGUAGCCGGAUGGAAUGCAGGGAAUGAUGGGAAAGAUUAUAUCAAUAUGAGAGGUUCUGGCACAUUUGGGAUGUAUGACCUCGAUAAGAAGGAAGGAAACACAGGUUUGCAGGGAAGAUACUUUUGGAGAAUUGAAAACAGUAGUGGACAAGGUGCACUGGAGAAAUGCUUGAGUUGGAUCAGACUUAAUGAAUACUGGGGAUUCCGUUACUGGUAUGACCGACUCAUAAAACCAGACCGGGAAAUGGCCUGCCCCUGUACUGCUUGGCAGGCAUGGUUUGAUCGGGGACGAUUCAGAUGGAAUUGGUGGAACUCAUGGCCAGACUGGUGUUUUGAGUCCAGACGAUCCAGGUUCUUUUAUCGCCACACCACGAGUACUGGACUAAUAGGUGUUCGGAUGAGACAACAGUGCUGUUACUCCACGGAAUGGGAAGACUGGGCUGCUCUUAAGCAGGGCCCCCCUGACGGAGGACGAGUAAAAGUGACAGUUUUUUAUUACUGGCACAAUAAGGUUCAAACCUUUUACACUGACGAACAGGCUUACCAGUAUUGCUGCGUAGAUCAACCUUUCUGCAAUUUGUUCUAUGCUUAUCGUCCGUCUGACAGCUGCGCACUGUAUAGGCCUCCAAUUAGACGAUGGUUCUGGGGUGAUCCUCAUUUCAAGACACUGGACGGCGGAAACUACACGUUUAACGGUCUUGGUGAAUACACUAUGGUCGAUGCACAAAAUGGAACAUUUCAACUUCAGGCCAGAACAAAACUUGCUCAGGGAAAUUCAACCACAGCGACCAUCUUCUCAGCAGGAGCUGCUAAAGAAGAAAAUUCGAGCACCAUCGAGGUUCGAGUGAAAGACGGUGGUGGCUUCAAUAUAAUGAUAGACAAUGCACCCUUCCAUGGCUAUCACAACUUAACAAAUCGAACUGUGGAGGUUGGUGGAAAUCUUUCGGUCUCAAUACCAGAGGAAAACUGUUUACAAGUUUCUUUUCCUUCAACAUCGUCCGUGCAGUUCUGCGAGAAGAAGGAAAUGAUGUCCUUCGUUGUAACUCUUGCUGAUGUCUUAAAAAACGCCACCAAAGGAUUGUUGGGAACGUGGAACGAUAAUCGUAACGAUGACUUUACAUUACCCAAUGGGAUGGUUUUGUCAUCGUCGUCAUCAUUAAAAGAUAUUCACUACGGGUUUGGGAUCAAAUCGUUUGUGGGCACUGCUUUGCUGCGUAUGAUCGUCACUUGUUAUUGUGCAGUUGCCCGAGCCGCAAAAAACUUCCCGCCUAAGAUAGUAAACAGCUCAAAUGUGAUAAAUGCCACACUUAAUGAAACAGUUGAGCUGAGUAUUACUGCUGUGGACGAGGGCACUAUCACGUUUCAAGUGAUUAACAAACCUGUAGGAGCCACUUGGAACCAAACUGGAAACAUGCUGUUAUUUUAUUGGCCUGUAGCGUCAUCACAAAAGUUCAAUAUGACCUUUGUUGCUAUCGAUGACAAAGGCUCAAGCACCAGCUGGAUUCCAACCGUUAGAAUGUGCCCCUGCCAACACGACGGUCAAUGCGUGGAACCUGAAAAAGGUGACACGGCCAACACUGACAACAAGUUUGUAUACAUGGGCUGCGCAUGUCAGGGAGGAUACACAGGAAGGUUCUGUGACAGCGACAUUGAUCCUUGCGAAAUGAAUGGUCAGCCGUGUUACACAGGAGUUGAGUGCACUGAUCUUCCUACACCAGCUAAUUCCAGUGGAUAUAAGUGUGGACCAUGUCCAUCAAGGUACACAGGUGAUGGAGCGCAGUGUGUAGACUAUGACGAAUGCCAAAGUAGCUCAUCAAACAACUGUGAGCAGAUGUGCGUCAAUAUUCCGGGUUCUUUCUUCUGCGAGUGCCGUGAUGGAUACGCAUUGAAUGACGACGGGCGCAGAUGUGAUGAUGUUGAUGAAUGCAAUCCUUCAAGCGACUGUAUGCAAACCUGUAUUAACAGUGUGGGAAGUUACAACUGCUCAUGUGACGAGUUUUUCAAAACUGAUCCUAGUGACUGGAGGAAGUGUGUAGCUACCAACCCUUGUUCUGCUAAUCAUGGCUGCGAACACGUUUGCUUCAUGGGAAGCAGCGGUGAAGCAGGUUGUGCUUGCUUUGCUAACUUCGAGCUUGACACCGAUGGAAAGAAAUGUAUAGACGUCAAUGAAUGUGAUCCGGCUAAAAAACUCCAUCGGUGCGAUCAGAUUUGUACAAACACCCCAGGAAGUUAUAACUGUUCGUGUGAAAAGGGUUUUCAACUGAAGAAAGAUGGCUACGAAUGUGAAGAUAUCAACGAGUGUCUGAAUGAUGACCUGUUUAACUGCGCGGAUGAGUUUCACAAAUGCGUCAACACUCGUGGCUCUUACAAGUGUGAAUGUGACCAAGACUUGUACUUUAUUGAUGGAAAAUGCAGAGGUUUGGAGAAAAACGAGACAGCCCCUUUACCAGACCUACCUGAACCACGAGUCCCAUCAGAAAGUGAAAAACAAGAAGCUGUUCGCUUUUCCAUACCAAGUGGGGUUGAGUGGGAUUUUAAUAAGGACAAGUCUUUUAAAGAGAAAUUGGCGUCUGUCACAACCGAGUUUUGCAGUCAAAACAGGACAACAUGCGCACUAAAAGAAACACGACGAAAAAGACGCUCUCCAUUAUUUGAUCUCUACACCGCUGACCAGGUUCACCUUCUGCCUGGUUACCCUAUCAACUCAUCAGACUCCAUCCGGGUAGCAUUCUACGUACAGCAGCCUGCUGGUCUUUUUGUUGGAAAUAUCUCAGCUCUUCCUCGUGACGCAUUGGUCUCCAUUACAAAAUUAUACAAGCCCCAGAUCGAGAAAGGAAUUGGCGCUAACAUCUCUGAUAUAGAGACUUUAUUCGAAACCAGCCCAUCUAAAGAGUACCCAACAGUGGGACCACAAGAACCAGGCAACAAUGGCUCGAAAUGGACUGUAAUUGGGAUUAGUGUGGGAUUGUUCGUUCUAAUAGUUGCCAUUAUUUACAUCAUCCUCGUGAGGUAA